CUUCCUUUACUUUCUUCUUUCGAACACCAAAAAUUAUUGUAUAUACUAUAUAAAGGGGGGAGGUUUGCUGCUGCUGCAUCUUCCUCAGCUGUUCGACACCGACUCCACACGCUCCUUGCAACCCACUCACUCGAUACAACCCAAGCAUCUUUUUCACGUCGGGUAACCACCACCCUCACUUCGUGUUCACCGAAAUAGCCGAACAUUAGCAGCGCCUGUAGAUUCAAGGAGCGCGCGUCCAUUCAGAUCAACAUGACUCAACCUUUGUUCUUCUCUGGCCAACCUGGUCUGGGUUCUGGGUCGACAUUGAAGCCCAAGCGAAAGUACUCUGGCGACGAAGAAGAGCCAGAGCUUGCCCAACAACAGCAGCAACAGACUUUCUCCCUCCCGCCUUUCAAGAGGCGAAACACUGUCUCGGACUCAUACGCUGUCCCUGAACUGGUUCCUGACCAUUCGAACUCAGCUUCAGACGACGAUAUCGCCAUGGACCAGGAUCAAGGCAUGGAAUCGCUCGAGUCGCCUAAUGAGAUGGACAGAGAUGGGUGUGGCAUCGCCAUGGGCAGGAAUUACGCAUAUGAAAGCGGAGGGUCAGGAGGGUUCGGGUUUGGUCCGGGAGCAGAAGAGGAUGACGUGAUGGAGGAGGCGAGCAGUGGUCACUCCACCAAUUAUCCCACCGUUUAUCCUUCGCUCACUCCUCAUCCCAACCCAAACCAUUUUUCAAACCUCCCUCCUUACACUAACUCUGCCUCGUUCAACACUUAUACUGCACCUCCUGAGAAUGCCGUGUCUUUCACCGUUCGACCCAAAUCACCUCUAUCAGCCCAAGCAUUCUCUACCACGUUAGCCCCUCCAUCCCGAUCAGCCGGUCUCCUUCAACCGACCAUCAACGCUCCCCUUGGUCCCGACGCCACAGCCAUAGAGCGUGUUCGAGCCGCCCAUGGACCCCAGUGCAAGAGUAUUCCUAGGCUCACCGUCAGCCCCUAUCCGGACCCCAUAACGGGUAGUCAGACCAUGUACUCGAUGUGUCCGGAUUGCGGCACCAUUGAGAAGGUCUGAGCCUCAAGGUAGUGUAAUUUUAUAGGAGCCAUAGAGCUUCCUACCGGUGUUCUCUACGCGAUGCGAGUCAUCGUAGUUGUAUAACUUUGUAUUCUGUUUGAUAUCCGUUGCCAAAAUUUUU